AUGGAUCCAACAUUCUACCGCACUGCAGCAGAUGCCAUCGCCGCCCCGCCGGAGAAGUUGGCAUAUGUAGUCGCGUUUGAUCGAAAGGGCCAGAAGCAUGAUGCAAUGACGGUUGUUGACGUGAAUCCUGCCUCCGACAACUAUGGCCGAGUUGUUAGCUGGACUGAGGUUCCAAACUUGGGCGAUGAACUCCACCACUUCGGUUGGAAUGCGUGCUCAUCUGCUUUCAAGCACGAAGGACAUUCUAUGGAUGGCUUGCAACGACGUUAUCUUCUGGUUCCUGGCUUGCGAUCCUCAAACAUUUAUAUUUUUGACACCGCACCCAAUCCAUAUGAACCCGAAUUGGUCAAGACCAUCGAUGGACCAUCAUUGUCAGAGAAGGCUGGAUAUUCACGUCCCCAUACUUUACAUUGCGGUCCUGAUGGAGUGUUUCUGACCUGCCUUGGAGGCCCAGAUGGAAAUGCUGAUGGUCCGGGAGGAAUCGCUCUGCUUGAUCAUACAAGUUUCGACGUCCUCCGUGCUUGGGAGACCGACCGAGGACCUCAGCACUUCCACUAUGACGCCUGGUGGCAUCUGAAUCGCAAUGUGCUCAUUUCCAGUGAGUGGGGGAGCCCGUCAAUGAUAGAGGACGGCAUUGUCCCGGAAUUGUUGCUGGGAAACAAGUAUGGUCAUGCCAUCCACUUUUGGGACCUUGGUGCUGGGAGACAUCAGCAACGGGUCGAUCUGGGCGAGGAACACCAGAUGGCGCUUGAAGUCCGCCCGUCACACAACCCAGAGGCGACCUGGGGAUUUGUGGGAGUGGUCAUCUCAACCAAGGAUUUGUUUGGCUCUAUCUUCCGCUGGUAUCUGGAUGGAGACACUUGGAAAGCAGAAAAGGUCAUCAGCAUCCCUGCUGAGCCGGCCGACGAGGGCUCCCUGCCUCCAGCGCUCAAGCCAUUCAAGGCGGUGCCUCCUCUCAUCACCGACAUCGACCUAUCCGUAGAUGACAAGUUCCUCUAUGUUGCUUGUUGGGGAACCGGCGAGAUGAAGCAAUUCGAUGUUUCUGAUCCGGCUCAUCCCGUUCAGGUCGGCUCUGUUAGAUUGGGAGGCAUUGUUGACCACAAAUCGCACCCAGCAAAACCAGACUUGCCUCUCUCAGGGGGCCCGCAGAUGGUUGAAGUUAGUCGCGAUGGCCGCCGCGUAUAUUUCACCAACAGUCUUUAUGGCUCCUGGGAUGACCAGUUCUAUCCCGACGGCGUGGGUGCUUGGAUGGUCAAGCUUGACGCCCAUCCUGAAGGGGGUAUCAGCAUCGACGAGAAAUUCUUCCCUCACGCUGAUGAAUUUAGGGGCCUAAGAGUCCACCAGAUCCGCCUGCAGGGAGGAGACGCUUCAACCGAUUCGUAUUGCUACACAAGCCGAGAUGUCGAAGGAAGCAAAUUGUGA